AUGGUAGAGUUGACAACCGUGGGAAAAAGAACCACUCGCGCCUCAAAGGGGAAGGAAAACGUCAAUCCAAACGUCAAUCCAAAAGAUGCUGUCAAAGUAACUCAUAGCAUGACUGUUUGCAAGAAAGCAGCAAAGCGGAAAGUAUCAGAUGUCGAAGAGCUCAAUAACGCAUACAAUGAGCGAGGCAAAACAAUUUGCCAGCUCAAGGAAAAGCAUGAAGUGCUCAAAAGAAAAUUGUCAGCGAAGAACCAAGAAUAUGUGGAGUUGCAGCAAGCAUUGGAGGAACUGGAGGAGGACCAGAAACGUCAGAUGAAGGAUAUUGACGCUCAAAUAAACAAACUGGAAAAAGAACUAGCACAAAAGGGAAGGGAAAACAAAUCCUUGGAGAGCAUAGUGCACGCAAAGCCACAGAACAAAAUUUGA